CGCCCGGCCAAUGGGAGCGGCGGUUGUUGGCGGGCCGGGAGGUGGCGGCGUUGCCACAGCAGCGGCGGUCGGAAACCGAGCCCAGCCCGAGCCGGCGGUCGGGGCGCGCCAUGGAGGGGCUGGAAGGUGAGGUUACAGUGCAAACUGGAGAUCUGUUGCCAUGUAAGAUUUGUGGAAGAACCUUUUUUCCAGCAGCGCUGAAAAAGCAUGGACCCAUUUGCCAAAAAACUUCUGCCAAGAAAAGGAAGACAUUCGAUUCCAGCCGACAGAGAGCAGAAGGAACUGACAUUCCCACAGUAAAACCUCUUAAGCCACGGCCAGAACCACCCAAAAAACCUUCUAACUGGAGACGAAAGCAUGAAGAAUUUAUAGCAACUAUACGAGCAGCCAAAGGACUUAAUCUUAAAGAUGGUGGAAAACUCCCUCCACCACCUCCACCAUCAUAUGACCCCGAUUACAUUCAGUGUCCAUACUGUCAGAGGAGAUUUAAUGAAAAUGCAGCUGACAGACACAUCAAUUUCUGUAAGGAGCAAGCUGCACGUAUUACUAAUAAGGGGAAAUUGGCAGCUGAUACCAAAGGGAAGCUUCCUACUCGAACACAGUACAAACCUGCUCCAGUUAAGAAGAUGCCUUCUGUAGGAUCAACACCAUCACCAUCAUCACGCUUACCACAGCCAAGUGGUGUUAGCAAAACUGUUGUAGGUACCUCUUCAAGUAAAGCACUGUCUUCAUCUGGAUCCGGUGGGAGCAAAAUUCAGACCUUAUCACCAGCUCAUAAAAACUCGCUGGGAAUGGUGAGCCCACAAGCAGGUAAGAUGGACAAGUUAGGCCCACCACUGCAAACUGGAAGAGAUGUGCCAAGGUUUUAUGACAUUGAUACAAAAACAGAGAGUACCAUCAAAAAGCCAAAUGGGUUGUUGCCUAUAAAGAAAGGCACAACAAAAACCCGGACGUCAACCCCUCCUAGUGUGGCGAGAGCCAUGAGCACGGGUGCUUUAACAAACAGAAGGAAAACUAGCAAUUCAGAUAUUUCCUUAAGGUCUGAUGGGAAAACUGGGUAUGACACUGGAGACUGCCCAUCCUCAGUCAAUGGAGGAAGUGCAAAAAGCAGCGAAGGAGUUUCACCUGUACAGUUAUCCAAGUUCUGCCAUGAAUGCGGAACAAAGUAUCCAGUGGAAUGGGCAAAGUUCUGCUGUGAGUGUGGAAUUCGAAGAAUGGUUGUGUGAACACACUCUUAAAAGCAGAAAGAAAACAAGAAAUUGGAACUUCUGCUUUGUGCUGUUGCAUGGAAAGCUUGAGCACUCCAUCCAGUCAGACUUCAUGACGCAAACAUCACAACAACAUUUGUAAUUUUCUGAGUGCAAUCUUCUGGUUACACAGUUAUUUAUAAACAAUAUAUACUGUAUAUAAAAAUAGCAGCUGUCUAAAAAUGUGCCAUUCAAGGGAAUGCUCUUUACUCUUUGUUGAAAAUAUUUAAAAUUAAGGUAAAAAUGCAUUAAGUAACCUAGAUAGCAGAAGAGGUACAAUUUUUUUUUUUGUAAAUCCUACUAGGCAAAGGAUGUUUUAAAUCUCUUACGUAGGGUAAUGCUUACCUGUAGGGAACUAGCCAUGAACAACUUGGGCUUCAAAAGUUUCUCUGUAGAGGCAUUUCCUUCAUCUGUGACAUCAACUUAGAUACUAUGUUCUAAGUUAACACAACCUGAGCAACUCCUUAUAAAUUCCUAGAUAAAAGUGUAAAAAGUUCAGCUCUUUAAACUCUUUAACAGUAAUCUGCUAAUUUGACUUCACAGUUGCUUCCUAGGAUUUUUUAAAGAAUCAAAAAAGUGGAAAGACUACCUGAGAAUUCUCCUUGCAUCUAAGAAGGCCAGAUUUUCUUUUUGUAACUUUCCAUGUUCUGUUUCUCAGUAAAAACAUUAUAUUUUUAUGUAUUUAUAAGGACAAAUAUGUAUUAAUUUUAUUAUUAUACAUUUUAUUAAGUUCCUUUUGUUUCAAAGUACUUGUCUUCCUCCUUCUGUGCUCCACCACGACUAGCAUAUCUAAGGGUGUUGUGCAUUGUCUUUGUCCUAUUUCCAAAGGUCCUGCUCAUUUUAUUUUCCUUUUCCCUCAUUUCCUCAAGAAGAGUCAAAGUCUAUGCUUGUCCUACCUAAAUGUUGAACUCUUGUUUUGAAUACAGCCUUCUUGAUGUAUCCAAUACCAAAAAAAAUAGUUCUUUAAAAAUGAAUGCUAUUAGAGCAGUAGAUCUUGAUGUAAGUAGUCUCUUUUUUAUUCUUAGACAUGUAUGAAUGCAUAGGGGUGUAACUGUGCUUCACUGGUAUAUGUGUUAAUACCUGACUUUUUUUUUUUUUUUUUUUUUUUGCGAUUUUGUGUAUUCCUUAUCUCAGUACAGCAGUCUCUUCAAGUUAGUAAUAGACUUCACAUCAAUCCAUUGGGAAGAAGGGAGAGACUCAGAGUUAUUCAGAUUUUUACUUAUUACACCGUAAAUUAGUAAAUUACACAUUUACCAAUAAAACCAUUCACAAACCAAAUCAAUUAACUUGUAUCUUAAUGUAGUAAUUUAUUUUGUGAAGUUUUGCUUUGAAGUAUGUGCACCAUCUUCGUUAUGCGUGACAGAACAAUCUGAAGCAACUUAACUGUGCCUUUCCCACAGUAAAUACAUUUUUUGUCAAAAACUGGUACUUUGAGCUCACAAAUGCCAUUAGUUUCAAUUAAUUUAAUUUUUUUACAACUUACACAAAAUAUAAUGUAGUGUUCCAUGAUGGUAUUAUGGUCGUUGCUUGCAUUCUCAAAAAUUGUGAUUAUCAAUGGGCCAAUUUGGAAGAAGGUGGGAUUGAAGAAAAGCAUCUUCAAAGUGAUUUGAGAGACUUGAUAUGUAGUAGUUAGGUUGCAGACCACAAGCUAUUGAAGACUAUUUAAAAUUAGUUCAGUGAAUGUCUUACACUUUUUAUGCAAUUUUUGUGGGUUUUUUUAGAAAUUAUACUUCAUUCAGUGUAGUCUUUUCAUAAUUGGUGUAAACCAGCUACUGAGCAUGAUAGAAUGGAUGACUGGUAAUGAUAAUUAGAACUGACAAAUCCUAGCCAGUUUAUUUUCUAGGAAUUUAGAUUUCAGGAUCCAUAUCCAUAUCCACAUUUGUGUCUGUAUUUGGAAAAACUGUAAUUCUGCAUUCUUUCCAUAGAUAAACCUCCUUUGAAAAGCUUGCCUUGGACUUGGGCCAUGGAGGUCUGCAGACUGAAGUAUUGUGAGCUGAAAAUCCAUAAGCAAAGAUACCAGUCCAGAAUGGGUUUAAUUAGAUAGUGAAUCUGCUCUUGCCUGAUGAAUUUUUAGUUGUUUCUGCUGGAAAAUACAUUUUUCCAUUUAUUAAACAAGCUUUCUACAAUGGGAAUGUUUAGUAUGGCACUAAAUACCUUUCAGAUCUUCCAGGAUUAUUGUAACUGUAGGAAAAAACAUACUGACUCUUUCUCCUUUGAAUGGUAGGUGACAGAUUUCCUAAUUUCAAAUCAAUAGUCAUACAGUUACUGUAUUUUCUGCUUUGUGAGCGUUUGUGAGAUUCUUUGCUUUCAAUGCAGCGUUUAGUAAAUUACUUGAGUAGCACAUUAUUUCUUUCGUUUACACUUACAUGAUCUAUCCUGAGGAUUAGAUAGGGAAUUAACCUGACAGAAAGAAAGGGUUUUAAAACUGAUCUUUUAAUUUGGCCUUACAAAGAGGGUCUUUGAAACAUAAUUGACUGUUGAAAGUAACACUGGAUAAUGUGUGUGUGUUGUAAUCCACAGUAAAUAGAAGCAGAAAAUGAAAUUCUUUUUGACUGUGUAGUUUGGUGCUAUAUGGUAAGACUUAUGAAAGGCCCAGUAUGUAUUGUGUUUAUCAAUUGGUUUUGUUACUGAAUGACAUAGCUUUCUGAAGUCUGUGUUGAUACAGACCCUAGCCUGUAUUACUCAAGGUAUCAGCACAGAUCAUUGUAAUUCCAUCUCAGUGGAUGUUAGUACAAAACAGUGGAUUGAUUUUUGUAAUGUCCCUGAAGAACUGAACGUGGGAAACAAAUUAAUUAUAUUUAAAGAAAAAAAAAAUUGAGGGAAUUGGACUGAAUUUUCAAUCUUUAGUGUAUUACAUGUGUCAAGAAGUUCCCAAAUUUAAUUUAUUGGUGAUCUACAUCCAAACCGUCUUGCCCUAGUCUUCUCCACACCCUUAUGCCUUGGUUUUCAUGGGUGGAAAAAACAUGAACUAUGCACUGUCUGUUUAUGGUGAAAUUCAGUGAUGUAAUUGUUGUGAUGAUUCCUAUACCAAUGUAUGACAGAUUUACUAUUUGCCAUUUUAUCUUCCUAAAGUUCUUACUGAGGUUCUUCCAUUCAUUAAAGAAGGGGGGGGAGGGAAAAGUCAAAAGUAAAAUUCCAUUUAAAGAAACAAGGAAGAAGGUGGUUUUGAUGUUUGGCCUGAGGGAAUUAUCAUUCCCUUUCUACUUUUAUGAUUUUUUCUUAUACAAAGGACCUUUCUGUGCCAGGAAGUAGAGCAGGAUCACCGGAGCUAUGGUGAUAGAAGUGCAAUGGAGUUAUGAAAAAUGUUAGCUUCAGUUGUAGAAACAGCAUAGCAAAAGCUUAAUCUCUGUGUGAUGUACCUUACACAGGUUUAUAUUUAUGCAUGAUGCCUACACCCUAAGUAGUUUCAGAACUGGAAUCUCUAAAUAUACAGCAAUUAAAAUAGGUGUUUAUAUGAAUAAUUAGUUUUACACCCCACUGCAGGGAGGUGAGCACAGGGUGUUUCACCCCCAUUUCAGGUUGCAACUAUGAAAUAAACAUAUAGGCAGAAUUUUUCAAAUUUGCCAAAGAGACUCAAAAGAGCCCUUGUUACUCCCUGGAGGGAGUGGGAAAGCUCCACUUGUGAGUUCCCUGGCCAGGAAUGCAUCAGGCUGGGGGAGCUCUCCAUGGUGCUCCAGCCUGGAGACUCUCCUGCAGGGCUGGGGCAGCAGCUGCUCCAGUGCAGGCAGGCGUCCUGUGCCUUCACAGAAUGGGAACUCCAGAUUGUAUUGUAACACCUGACCCUGUCUUUAUGCACCAUCAUCUGCAAGGGACUAGCUCCUAGUUCACCAUCAUAGCUGAGAGCUGGUGCCUGAAAUGCAGGGAGAGUGUUCCUGUGAUGCCUGCUUACCGAGUCAGUGGAAGGACGUAUGACUACAGUACUUUAAGUAUACAAUGUAGAGACACUGACGUAGACUAUGUAAAUAGUCUGCAUAUAAAAUUAAAUGGUAUCGUCUAGGUAUUACUAAGUACUAGUUUCAGACACAUAGACUUUGUAUAUCUGCAAAGAACAAACCUGUCAUGAGUGUUUUUAAUCUUGGCUGAAACAUCUGUGUUUAAUAAGAGCACUUUUUUCAAUUUUAUUUGUAUCCAGUUUGACUAAGCUAUGAAUAGUUAUAUGGGUUGUAUGAGAAGGUAGAUUUUUCAUCUUUGGUAAAAUUUGUUUUAGUGACUCUGGUGGAAAUAGUUUAUUGCCUUUCAAGUACAGCUUAUUCCAACUUGUGAUUGUUUUGUUGCUGGUUGGUUUGGUUGGUUUUUUUUCCAACUUGCUAAGUAAGGUUUGAGUGACUUAAUUGUGUUGUUGGAAGAAGUGUUAGGUAAAAGACUCCAUUAGCUGAAUUCAGUAGUUACUUGGUUGAUAUUUUUGUUCCGGUAUUCACAGUAUAAGAGAUUACUCUUGCAUACUAGUUCAUUUUUUGUUUUGUUUUGGGUUUGGUUUUUUGGUGUUCUGUCAGUCCAGAAUAAUACACAUUUCUGGAGGAUCCUAUUUAUUCCCAUUCCACUUUAUCUUGCCAGAAAACAGCUUUUUCAUAUUUUCUCUUAAUAAGUGUUUGUUCGUUACAAAAAUAAUCAGUAGGGAAAUUAUAUUUCCCCAAUUUGAACAUCUGAGUCACCAAAAUCAAAUACUCAAGUUAAUAUAGCUGAAUACUGAACCCACAUUCUAAACAGAAGUGCAUCGUUUACCAUAGUUCUGUAUUUCAAUUUGGCUUUCUGGCAGAACCAUGAAUGGAUUUGGGUGGGAUCUGUAAAGUGCUGAGUACACUACAACUGUUACAAAACCUACUUUAUAUGAUUGCUCUAGCUCUUGGUGUUCGUCCUUCAUAAGACACUUAAUAUGUUUCUCUUCAGAAGUUUAUUUAUUUAUGUUCUGUGUUUUUAAAUGGUGUGUUCAUUCAUGUGUUGGAGGUGAUUAAUUUUUUCAGCAUUGCAUUUAUUAUGUUUGCCUUGCCCCUCAGUACAUGGAAUAUUUGUUUGUGACCAUCCAGUGAGGGGUUUUUUGCCAGAAUUCCUCGGUUUAUUAGCCUCUUAUUUCAUAUGUUUAUUUUAAAGUGUCAGUUCUGUUUAAACUAAUUAAUGUAAAUCACCACCUAAUGCUUCUUUUCCACUUGUUAACAAUAAAGCAAAUAUGCCAGUAAAACUUCUUGUGAUGUG